GUCUCCUCCCAUUCUCAGGUUCCCACGGCAGAUCCUCGUUGCCGCGCCGAUUCAUACGAUCGCAGGACCCUGUGGAUGCGCGUCUAAGGAAUAUCCACCCAAACGACGCAUUGAUCUUGAAAAUAUCGGACAAAAGACGGCAUCCUAUCACUCUCCGUCAAAAAUGGAUAGUCCUACCAUUCAACCCAUUCCGCGAUAUCUUCAGCAAUCUCAUGAGCGGAUUUUCGAGAACAAUCGAAAAUGGGUUGCCUCGAAACGAGAAGCCGAUCCGGCAUUCUUUGAAAAGUUGUCUGCCGGGCAGACCCCGGAGUAUCUAUAUAUUGGCUGUAGUGACAGCCGUGUCCCCGCCAACGAGAUCAUGGGCCUCGACGCAGGGGAAGUCUUUGUUCAUCGCAACAUUGCCAACCUGGUGCCCAAUACUGAUUUGAACGUCAUGUCCGUCAUUAACUAUGCCGUGCGACAUUUACAUGUCAAGCACAUCGUUGUGUGCGGUCACUAUAACUGUGGCGGCGUAAAAGCAGCAUUGACGCCUGCUGACAUGGGCAUCCUCAAUCCGUGGCUUCGAAACAUCCGGGACGUCUAUCGCUUGCAUGAAAAAGAACUCGAUGGCAUUGAAGACAAGGAUGCAAAAUACAACCGACUGAUUGAGCUUAACACCAUUGAGUCUUGUAGAAACAUUAUGAAGACGGCAGCUGUCCAGCAAAGCUACCAGAAAAACCAAUAUCCCAUUGUUCAUGGGUGGGUUUUUGACUUACAUGAUGGGUUGCUUAAGGAUCUGAAGUUUGAUUUCGAGGAGACGCUGGAAGGGAUCAUGAAGAUCUAUCAACUUGAAUGAAACUAGAAAAACAUUACUUGGAUACCAUACAUGGAAAUGCAUUCCGUCCUGCUGGCUGAAGCGUUGUAGCAUCCGAGUAGGGAAUUUAAAUAGUGCCGAUAUGCGAGGCUCUAGUACGACAACCAUGUACUCUAUUUGAUGUCGAAGUUCCAAUGACGCCAGAGCCGUGAGACUGUCACAGAUGGAAAGAUAAGCGGGCACAAGAACCAUGAAGCAAUGAUUACUUAGCUAGUAGUCAACUGGAGACAUUCCUUCUUCGCGUCAUCGUAAAUGAAGGCAUGAACCUUGAUACCCUGAUUAUCCAUAGCAUCCAUCACGAUUUUCCUAUUCAG